ACUCUCGGGGAUGUCGCCGCUCAUGCCACUUCGAAGGAUUGCUGGAUAAUCGUCGGGGGGCACAGUUUACGAUGUGACUGAAUUCUUGCCACAGCAUCCCGGUCGGGCUGAGAGUAUAUGCUAAUCUAUCCACCCUUCCUCUCUGUACAAAGUUACUGACCAAAAGUAGUAAUUCUUUCGUAUGCUGGAGCCGACGCUACGGGGGCCUGCGGAAGUUUUCACCCAGCCUCUCUCCUCAAAAACCUGCCGCCCGAGUUCAGGCUCCUGGGCCCCCUAUCCCGCUCGGAAUUGCCGAUCUCGCAGAAUCUCGAAUUAGAGGUUAAACAACACCCGAAGCUCCCUCUUCAAAUCAUCAUCAAUACCUUUGAUUUUAAGACCAUAGCUGAGCAUACAGUUACCCCUAACACAUGGGCUUUUUUCUCCUCCGCGGCUACUGAUUUACUCUCAAUGAAACUGAACAAGAAGGCUUUUUAUUAGGUGUUGUUCAGACCGAGAGUUAUGCGUGAUGUCAAGUCUGCAGAUACCAGGACGAGAAUUCUGGGCUUCGAUGAUGGUGUCACAUUCUUUAUAGCACCGACAGCGAUGCAGGGAAUGGUUAACCCGGAUAGAGAAAAGGCUGUAGCGAAGGGUGCGGGGGAGGAAAACGUUAUACAUAUUGGAAGAACUUAAAAUCAGCCACGUUGCAUGCGUACUGUGCGCCGUGUGCCCCGUAAGUUGCUAAUUGCUAUAGGUAUCAACCAACUCCUCACAUCUAAUUGUAGAUAUUGUUUCUUCUGGCAAGGGUCCCGGGAAACAUACCCACUUUUUACGGCUAUACGUCAAUACCGACCGCCAAAAAACUUCUCAGCUCCUCGCCAAUGUGAAAGCCUGUGGUCUUAGAGCUGUCUUUGUAACGGUUGAAACCCACGUUUCUGGGAAGCGGGAAGCAGAUAAACGUCUGAAGGUUGACCCCCCGGUAAAGUCCGUAGUCGGCAGUGCCAUCUCACAGAAUGACAGGAAAGGGGGUGGUAUGGGGCGUUUGAUGGGGUUGUUUAUCGACCAGAGCCUUAAUUGGGAGGAUAUCCCUUGGAUAGAAAGUGCAGCCGGAGGCCUCCUUAUUGUUUUGAAGGGCGUUCAGACGGCUGCAGAUGCGAAGCUAGCCGCUAAAUAUGGGGUUCAAGGGAUUGUCUUGUCAAAUCAUGGUGGGAGGAACUUGGACACGUAUGAGCCCACCCACCAUGAAAGCCGGUGAUAGGGUCUAAUUCAUUAGAUCGCCACCUGCCCUGUUUACGCUUCUCAAGAUUCAUAAGAUAUAUCCGGAGGUUUUCAAUUCUCUGGAGGUAUAUCAUACAUAGACGGAGGAAUUCGAAGAGGGACAGAUAUAUUCAAGGCACUGUGUCUUGGUGCUACAGCGGUCGGGGUCGAUAGGCCGUACUUGUGCGUGCUCGAUUACGGGGCAGAAGGCGCUGCAGAUCUUUCCCAGAGUAAGCACUGACUCUGACUAUCGGGAUAACGCUGAUACAAGCCGGGAAAGGUCCUCAAGGACGAACUGGAAACAACAAUGAGGAUGUGUGGCGUUACAGAUCUAUCGGAGGUCCACCUACUAAACGCAAGGAAAAUUGACGCACUGCUAGAGGAUAGGAUUGAACAUUUGUAG